AUGAAGGAGCCCCACCGCGUGAAAAUCUUGGAACUCCAAAAGGCUUCGUGCCUAUGCGCUCAGGCUGGGAAAGUUUCACCAAAGAGGAUUGUAUGGAAGAAAGUGAAGAAAAAUGGAGGAGAAGACUUGAUAAAAUUGGGGGCUUCCAGCGCUUAUAAAAAUGGGCAUCUCCUACCCAGCAAAACCAACCACAUCCAGAGCAAGCAAGCACCCUCCCUUACUGCUGGAACCCUUCAAUUUCGAGCUAUGUUCUCCCAUCUCCUUCCUUUUUCUCCUCUAGCAAACCCUCCAAGAACGUGA